AUGUCAGACUGCUUUGGACUGGUGCUCGGCAACCUAGCCGCCUGGACACACGGAGCUUCCGUCGUCUACGCGGCAGAAGGCUUCGACCCUCUGAGGUCUCUACGUGCCGUCUCUGAGGAGCGCUGCACGGCCAUGCAUGGCGUGCCGACCCAUUUCAUCUCUGAGCUCGAGCUUCUUGAAUCGGCCAGAGAGCACGCCCAAGAUCCCGCCCGUCAUCCCUUGCCCCAAGGCAUGCAGGAGGGCGAAACCUUCGAUUUUUCAUCUCUACGGACUGGUCUGACGAGCGGAUCGACGGUGCCCAUCGCCUUGAUGGAAGCGCUGGUGAGUCCAGAUGUCGACGCACCCAUUGUGAGGAGAUGCGAGACCGUCGGCAGAGUCUAUCCGCAUGUGCAUGCCAAGAUCGUUUCUCCUGACGACUCUUCGGGCCAGCCUCUGCCGGUCGGACAGCCAGGAGAGCUCUGUGGCUACUGGAAGGACCCUCAAAGAACAGAUGAGGCGAUGGAGCGGCAUCCGGACGAGCCCGACAUCGUCUGGAUGCGAACAGGCGACAUCGGUAUCAUGGACGAAGAGGGCUACGUGCGUAUCGUUGGGCGUUCCAAGGAUGUGAUCAUACGGGGAGGCGAGAACCUCUUCCCACCCAACAUCGAGAAUUGCAUAGAUCGCAUGGAAGGAAUCGCUACGAACGCUGUCAUUGCCGUGCCAGAUGAGAAGUACGGAGAGCCGUGGAAGGAAGAUGAAGUGAGUGUCUAUUACCCUCAGAACGAUGGCACUGUUUACACAUUCUUGCUUACUGACUCGUUCACCAGCGGGCUUGGUGUCGACUGUUGCACGGUAAAGAUGUUCGGGCGUAUCUACGACAAUGGCGCAGUCAACGUCAGAAAGCAGGAUGCGGAUGCCCAGCUUGCCGUGAAACGGACCUCUCCCAGCUUUCCCGUUGCGAUUUCUGGUGGCGAUGUCACCUUGUACCAUGAUCUCGUUGUGCUCUUCGCAACCCAAUGGGACGUAGAUGCUGGAAGCUUCGGAACAGCGGGAAACCCAUCGGGAUCCGGAUAUCAACAGCAAACGUUUGCAAUCGAUAUCUUGAAAAUGAUCGUCGAUUCGCUGGUGGUGAAAUCUUUGCCCUUCGGACAACGUCUUCAAGUCAUUUCAACUUCCCGGGACGGCUUUCAACUUCCUUGUCCUACUAUCACACGUGCCGACAAAUUUCAACACUACACGCAGGCACGCGUCCGUGCUUACGCCGAGGAUGAGCUCCUGAGGCACGCCCAGCUCCAUGACCUUGCCUUCAACAGCCACCCAUUCCUGUCGCUGAUCGUAUGCCGGACCAUUUUCGUCGGAGACGUCGAAGAGAAGGCGCAUGACAAGCUGCUCUACGAUGCUGUUCUGAUUGCUGGACUUGGGAUCAAGCGAUCCCUUGCGCAGAACCUGUGGUACGCUCAGACACAGCCUCACGGUUUGCCGGACUUGGACAAGCUCGUCAAGACGACUACCUGCACACUGUACGGCAGCAAACUAGGCUCGCUCAAGGCUGCUAGCCUCCACAAGUUUGCACAGUGCAUGAUGAUACUCGCGUGGCACGAGCUCACACUGGGUCUUCUCAGACGCGCAGCUACGUGGUGGACCAGCGUCUGCGGGCUCAUCCUCAGGAUUCGGGAUCUGAGGGAGCAAGAGGAGAUCGCCGCAGAGUUCCAAAUCAACGGCAUCCACAUGCACCUCGUCAUUAGAGAAGAGCUCGAUAAUAUGCAGACAAUCGCCCAACUCGUCCUUCUUUGGCUCGAACUGCAUUUGGCUCCUAUCCCCGCAAAUACUUCGAUCUUGGUGGAUGCAAAUAUCUCGCAACCACAGGAGAAUUCUUUCUCGUGGAUCUCGGAACUCGAUCACGCAAGUGGAAAGUUCUCGGCCGCCGAGGCUCACAAAAAGUCCUGGACACUUCUAUGCAGCAUCAGCCGAGUUCUUGGUAGCCUAGCGGAAAGCGUCACCGACUUCAAGAUUACAAACCGGCUCAUCGACACGCGUAUGCUUCCCGGAACGGCAAACGACGAUGCGACAUUCAAAGUGUUUACGACCUUACCGCUCGCAAGAGCUACGCAGGCAGACCCUGGCGCAGCAGCAUCUGCAGGUGAUUUCAUGGCCGCUGCUCUGAUCUCUCUGACUGGACUGCUCGCCUGUUUUCAUGCUGGAUCCACUAGCACUUCUGUCAGCGCGCAAGGCGUUGCCAACAUCGUCAGAGCGUGCGCUGCCAUCACUCUUCAGCUUCGAAGCGCUUUCGGCGACCCGCAGCCCCAAUUUGGCCCGGACCGAGCUUCUGAUAGCAUCGCUAUUUGUCGUCCGUCGGUCAGUGCGUCCUGCUUUGUCGACACGCUGGAUGGCAGCUGCAUUGUACUGACAGUGAUUGAGACGAUUGCGCUCUCCUUCGAGCACUUGCUGACGCAGGCGAACAUUCGACUAGCCUCUGACUCGGAAGGGUCCAGGGAAGCAAUCAUCUUGUCACAAGAAGCCCAACGAACCGUUAGAGAAAAGCUGGGAAGCAUUCUGGGUAUCAUCAGCACUAUCACGGAAUUCUUCGAUAACAUUCCCAAGCAGGGAAAGAGGCCGGUUCAAAUGUCACGAAUGCUAGGCCGCAUGCAAGACCAAAUCGAGAUGCUCGGAGUGCAACCGGAUGUCUCCUUCGCUUUUGAUGUUGCUUUUGGCCAAAGCGAAUACGAGGCUUGGCGUGGAGGUGACUUAGACCUCAAAAGGGAUUCUGUUCUGCAGAUGAGACCUCACGAGAUAGUCUCGCACCCCUCCACAGCACUGGCAACCGGACUUUCAAGAUCUGAAGGCAUGGCGCAGUGUCCAUCCUAUCUCACAGUGGGUCCGCAGCUGCCUAUGUCUCUGCACAUCGCACCCCCAGCAUCUCCAUACGACCAUCCGAAUACGGCGAACCCGGAAAAGAGACCAAUUAUUCACGGACCCGGCCCUAUCACGACGACAAGGCAUGAACCUCCGGAAGUUCUCGGCCCGCUUCCCCGGGCCGCUCACGAAGUCGAAGGCUUUACUGUCAAAAACGAUUGUUCCGUUAUGCUUGGGCAAGCCACUCAUGCGUGGAGGCAGCAGAGCUACAGCGAGGACUCGACAGCGAUGGUCUCAUCCUCCCAUGGAGAGGCUCAAGUUAACUUUGACGACAAAUCUCGCAGGUGCACGAUGCAGACGGCACCUUUCGGCGAGAGCAUGUUACGACAAACACAGCCUGAAUCAAUGGAGAAAACCUAUCUUCGUCAAUUGCAACCGCAGCCGCAACCGUGGUCGACUGGCGGAGCCUACUCGUCGACCGUGCUGGGAUUUCGUCCCGCAUACGCCGGACUAGAGCCGAGCCUUCGUCCAGCAGCACAAUCGAUGCCCGUUUCCCGCUGUUCGGGUCGUUCUGAAGUUCACCGCCUGGCAGCAGAGUCGUUCUAUCAAGGAUCCGGCUCCGGCUCAUCGAUCGACGAAAGGCCCAACAAGCGCGCUCGCAUCGAUCUACCCGGUUGUGAUUGGACAAGCUCAAUCAACAAGACGAGGCUUCUUUACCUCGACGAGGCGACAUCCUCCACGAAUCCCUUCUUGCGGUCAACUGCGCAUAUACACGGCCAUCACUCACCGGCGAUGGCAGCGUUGGUUUCCAUCAAAGGCGUCCAACCUCUUACCGACGAGACCUAUCUAGGUGGAAGGACGAGCGCGCAGUCAUCCGAAUUGGAAGGAGACGGCACAAGCAAUGGAAGAUUGAGCAUGGACUCGGAGUCAAGCUUGAGCUCCCUAAGCGACGAUGAAGAUGACGAUGAAGACAAAAGUGGGGAUGGAGUCGACGAGUACGGGGAGGAAGACCGAGACAGAGAUCGAUUUUAG